AUGAAUAUCAAAUAGCCUGUAUAUGUUUAAGGUAUAUGGUAUAUAAAUUCAACAUAGAGGUCAAAUUGGACAAUUAUGAAAUUGUGUAACCUUUAGGCUAAGGUGCUUAUAGUGAGGUUGUUUUAGCAAAAAAUAGACUAACUGGGCAUGAAUCUGCUCUUAAAAUUGUUGAUAAGUCUUUUUUGAUUAAGGUAUAAGUAAUUGAAUAAGUUCAGGAAAAAAAGAUGCAUCAUGCAUGCAUAGAAAGAGAAGUGUUAGCUUAUUUGAGACAUAAAGGAAUUAUUAAGUUAUUUAAUUCUUUUGAAGACUAAAAUAAAUUGUAUUAUUCUUUGGAGUUGUUAAAUGAUGGCAAUCUUUUGGAAUACAUCAACAGUAUUUAAUAAUUUAAGAUAGAGUAUAAUUUUAAUGAAAAAAUGAUACAAUUUUAUACUGCUGAACUUUUAUUAAUUUUAGAGUAUUUACAUCAAAAUGGUUUAGUACAUAGAGAUAUAAAACCAGAGAAUAUUUUAUUGACAAAAGAUAAACAUUUAAAAUUAAUAGAUUUUGGAACAGUAUUUGUUUAUGAUGAAUAAAAAAUAAAUAUUGGAAGUAAAUUGGAAUAAAUAAGAAUUCAAUAUUAAAAAUAAAGAUCUCCAUCUUUAAAUGACUUUGAAAAGCCUCUUAUUAAAUUUUGUCGUGAUUCUAGUUUUGUUGGAACAUCAGAAUAUUUAUGUCCAGAACUUAUUGAUUAUAAUGUUGUUGGACCUUAAGCUGAUUUAUGGGCAUUAGGAUGUUUCAUUUAUUAAUUAUAUACACAUCGAACUCCAUUCUAUUCUGAAAAUGAAUUUCAAUUAUUCCAUAAUAUUAGUUAAUGUGAAUGGGAAAAAGAUUAAAGAAUAUCAAAUGAUGCUAUAGAAUUAAUCAAAAUAUUAUUAGAUAGAAAUCCAUAAAAUAGAUUUUAUGGAGAAAUCAAUGGUAAAAUUUUAAUAUAAAUAUAUAUAUUAAGAUUCUGAUUAUAAUUAUGAUAAUUUGAAAAAGCAUCCCUUUUUUAGAGGAAUAGAUUUCACAAAUAUUUGGUUACAAGAUGUUCCUUAACCUAGUGUUAAUAAAUAAAAAAGAAGAUUAAGUAGAUAUUAAACAACAAUGCUUGAUAAAUAGAAAGAGAGAGAAAAACCAGAUAUUAGAGGCAAUUCAGUAACUAAAUAAUAGACUGAUCAAAUUGUUUUAAAAGGUAAUGUAGAUAAAGAACAUGGUGUAUUAUUUAUGACUUAAUUUUCUAUAAGAUAUGCUAAUAUUAGUAUAUAAGGUGGAAUACCUUAUUUUAAUUAUAUAAAUCCAUAGUUGAAUAAUAAAUUGGUAUUGAAUUGAUAAUAGAAUAUAUAGACAAUUAUUCCAUUGAAUUAAUUCACAUCUUGUAAAUUAUUAGGCAAGGGUAAAUUCAUAGUGGGAGAUAAAAAUAAGAAAAAAUAUAUAUUUAAAGAAAGAGAUCAUGAUGUAACUGCUUAGCAAUGGGUGAAUACUAUGAACAAAUAUAUCAAUGUUAGUCAUUUCUGA